UACGAAUUGUGAUUCUGAUUUAAGUGGAACUGGUAAAUCGUAAUUAUUAUCGUGUCAUACAGAAUCUGGAUGUAAGAUCAUGCAUAUACGAAGACUAGUAAAUGGUAAAUCAUAUUUUACAAAAAUUUUAAACUAUACAUGACUAUAACGCAACAUUAUACUAUGAAUGCAAUGAAUACUUGGAAUCUAAAUUUCAAAUAACGCAUGGAAAAACAGGGUUAGAAGUAAAAAAGAAACGCCAUAUCGGUUAAAUCUCCCAAGUAUACAAUACAAAUUCAUCUUAACCUUAGAAGAACGGAGUCUCGUGCAGGACGAUUGUUUAUUAAACCAAGGUUCGCCGUGGUCCCCCUCCCGUCUUCCUAAGGUUAAAGGUGCUACUUUGAAGCGUCGAAGUCGAGGGGUGUCAGAAACGUGAAAACAAAUUUACCUUGUCGCAGACGUACCAUCGAUGAUUCGAACAGCAGCAAGGAACAUAAUCAAAAAUCCAGGCAUCGACUUGCCAUGGACAUCGCGUGAUCCGUACGAAGAUGAAAAAGAGAAGCAGAGAAGACUCAUGGCAGGCCGAUCGCAUUAUUCAGAUUAGGGCAUCGACUGAGCCACGCGGGUAUGCGAGUACACGAGUUUCUUUGUAUGAGUAUGAAGUGACGGCGCGUCCCGUCUCAUACCGUAGCGGGUCCCGGCGCCCUGGCGUCCGAGCAGAAAAAGGCCCAAUAAGACUGAUAGAAGUGAAAAACCAAGAGAUUCACCCGUGGCCGUGUCGGAGGAAGGAAAGAGAGAUGCUCCUUUAAAUCCCAUCAUAAACACACAUAGCCAGGGGCUCUCAACAUUCUUGAAAAAUGUAAGAUUUACGCUAGCCGUGAUUUACUUCGUAUGCGAUACAUACAGUGAGAGGCAAAAUCACACACUCUCCUCGUGAAUACGAUGCGGCUCUUUUAUAGGCUUGAUCUUGAUAAGCAAUGAUAUUACUAGUGCAUCUUGUUUACAUCUUAUUAGAUCAUAGUAAGGACGUUGUUCGAAAUGAAUUUAAUUUGCUUUGAAUGCAUAUGGAAUGAAUACUCAAGGUCGCCAGACACCUGUAACAUUGUUAUUUCAUAAGAAAUCGAAGCGUCACUUAUAUGCGAUGAUUGGUAACGAACGUCUUAACAUUAAUCCUAUGCCGGGAUGAAGACGGAUAACAUUUGAAGGAUGAAGAUCGCUGUAUUAAUGUACCGAGAGAAAAAGUAAGGGGUUACAUCUUGGUCCUAUGGAACAAGAAAUAGAGAGGCGCCAGCCAGAGUUGUAGCUUCGUAAUGAUGCUCAGUUCGCUCGGUUUCCUUUAUUACGGACAAUAAUGACAGGAUGAAAAGGGAAGCGAAGAAGCAGGAUAUCAAACGUACCGAGAUGGUCUGUGAAAAUAAUGAAAAAGGCCGAAGAAAGUUUUCGCUAUUAUCGGUAUCUAUAUUACUCUACGAUAUCCGGAUUAUCAGCUUAAUUAAUAAUCGCCUCAACUGAUGGAUUGGAAACGAUCGGAAUACAGUCAAAGCAAGAUCCAAUUAACACGUUCAAUUAAUGGGAACGAGCAGAAUCAUUCUUGUCGGCGUUGGCGGGGAGUAACGCAUAGAAAUCAGUCAGAGAAAAUACGACGUAUACCCAUAAAAUAUUUGCUUUCGCUUCAAUGAUCCACGAAGCGAACGUCCGAUCAUCGAGGAAACUUCGAAAAGGAGAAAUAAAAUGAGGGGAAAAAGGAAACAUUGAACUUGGUAGCCGUGACGAACGUAAUAACUUGCGAAGAAUAACGGGGACGCUGUCGCAUGAAUUGACAACGCGUUAACUCUACCUGAGAUAAUUGCAUCGUGCCAGGAGCGUGAAUCGUGUCAAACAUCGUGUAAGAGCUGUGUACCGAGGCAUGCGUAUCGACGCGACACCCACCUAAAUCAUCAGCCUCUUUCUUCGUGGUCGUACACGGUACCCACAACCGUAUGGACCAGUAAGCACGGUAAAUAAAACUACGAUGGCAACUAGAACGACGACACGAGGAUGGAAAACAUCAAAUCAACAUUCCAACAGCGUUUUUGAUGGUUCGUCCACUACAAAGUCCAUCUCGACGGCGAAAACAAUUAGAAUAAUCGCAAUAAUCACAACAAUGAAAAUGAUGACAGAUACCAGAGGAGACUGAUCAUUGGUUCGAUAGAAUCAACAUUCCAGUAGCAUUCUCAACCGUUCGCCCACCUCGAAAUUCAUUCUCUACGUCCCCUCUCUUCAGAUACCUACAGCGGAUAGUCUCGUUCCAAAGUGUGAACCAAAGAAAAGGGUGACCGAUGAUCCGGUGCUAAGAGGGUCGAGUGGAAAAAAAGAAAGAUGUCUGAUAAUAAUAGAGAAGUGGUGUAACAUCAGCAGUCCAUCAAAAUAAUGCGUCGCAAUGAAACGGUACCUCGUUUGUACAUCGUUUCAACAACUACGAAUACACGUGACGGCACGUGAUACGGUAUUGGUGAUUUAACAAACGGGGUGCAUCUGGGAUAAUCGACUGUAUCGAAAUUCAUGGAACGAUAAACGCCGUGGGUUACACGAAACUUACCCGAUAUUACGCAUUUUCUCCCGCCUUUGAUUGUUAAAUAAUCAUCAAGAUACAGUACGAUGCGACUUUGCUUUCAAGGUAUCAGUCGUUUACGAGAUCCGAGUGUCGGUCACAUACGUGUCUAUUAGCUGCUGCAACUGAGGAAGGGGAAAUGGAAGAGACAGAGAGAGGGAGUGAGAUAAACGAGCAGAAGUGUCGGAGAGAGGGAAAGGAAAAGAGUGAAAAAGAAAGAGAUGGACCUACCAGCGAAUUAUCUGGUAUUUUCUUUCAGCCUGCGGACCCCGGAGCGACUAAGCAAAGGUCAAAAGUUGAGCAAUGCUCUUCUUAUCGGUGCAAACACCGCCUUCGCGUAUGCAGUGCGCCGGCACCGAACGAUUGAUGGACUUAUUCCUCUGUUGCGUGAAAACGUUCACGCUAGUCGCGUAUGGCGCCUUUGUCGAGAAGAAUAUCUUCCACUGCGACCUAACGAUCCGCUGUCAGGGGUGGACGAAUUCGUACGUACAAGGAAAAAACGAUCGAGUUUAAGUUAAGCUUUGUGGAUCGUUUUAAACGAGCCACGUUAUCACGUGCACCCCUCUCGGAGAUGCGACGAUCGACAGGAGCCGAACGACCAAACGAAGGGAGGAAACGCGGAUUCGUUUCACGCGGCAAGCUGAAACGGGCUACUGGUCCCAGCGAAACGUACGGACCAAACGAGAUAAUUAAAUCGACGUUGACCGACAAACAAGAAACGAACCAGAGGGAAGCGAGAAACGGGCAAAAGAAAAGAUACUCCGGUACGGACCGGAGGCACACAUAAUGUACGAGUCCUAAGAAAAGUUGAAGUCCGUGCCGGAGGCGCGGCGCCGCGCCACCGCACGACUAUAAGUAAGUCUCGCGCGGCGCGCCGCGGCUUAAUGCCGUUGCCGCGUUCGUGGCGCCAAGAGGAGGGCCCAUUGGCGACGAUAAGCCUCCUUCGUGUCCGGCACGAACGAGAAAAAGAAACAGAGAAAAACGGAGAUAGAUACACAGCAGUCAGCUUUCACCCGCGUUUCAGCCAGUGAAUAUACUUACGUAUAUAUAUAUAUAUACAUAUACCCCGGCGGGGUGUGGAUCGCGACAGUAUAGAUAAUACGUAGCUGUCAGUCGUACUCGGACCAGUGUCAGUCUAGAGUUUGCGUCGACGAACACAGUGUGACCGAGUAUCGUUUGCAACACUCCUACUAGCAGCUACCAGUAACGGACGGUUUCAACCCUUACCUCUUAUCUCUUAACGUUUGACAUUCAUUGCAAUCGCGUGGCGAUGCUUAUGAUUCUUUGAAGAAAAAAAAAAAAAAAAAAAAAAGAAGAGAGUUGUUGGACUAUCCGGGUGAAAGGUUUCCACUCCCUUGGGACGUAUCUUGUACAUCUAUCAGUGAAAAAGAUUUGAAUCAUCGAGUGAUUAUUGGCUAUCGUGUUUUGUGAAUUAAGAGAGGAAGGGCUGAGUGGUAAGUGUGAGUGGUGGGAUAGAAGGGGUGGUUGGUAUCGAGGGGGUGCGCAUGGUCCGUGCGGACCGUGGAAAGAUCACCUCCGUUGAAGAGCGCGGAUCUUUCUAUUGGGCCGUUUGGAUGGUGAUUAGCAGGAUCGCGUUCUAACGUUUCGUAGAACGAUGUCGGGGCUGCUUUACACGCUACUCGGCUUGGCGGCCAGCACCAGCCUUCAUUGCGCUGUUCGCCGUGAGAUAAGCCCGUGCACCUGCCGGCAGGAGGAGUUCUCCACUUCCGUGAUCAACCCGGCACAGACGGCUGUCGCGGUAGCCACCGCCGUCGUGAAUACCGGGAACAAUGCCGGCCACCACGGACACGGGGAACGAAUCGAGGUCGUGUGCGAACGGAUGGAUUCGUUCGAGCAAGUGGCAGGUGCGUUAAGGGGUAAAUUCACCGCUGAACAACAGAUCACCUUGCGGGUCUCCCAUUCGAAUCUGCGUGACAUAUCACGGCACGACUUUAAAGAGCUACGGAUGUCCAUCACCAGGCUCGAACUGAAUCACGAUCAUCUAGGGUUCGUAGACGGUGAAGUUUUCGCGGGGUUGGGAAGAACGCAAUAUCUUAGUCUCGCGGAUAACGAGGUACCAUCCAUACCGAGGCAUAUUCUCUCGCAUCUGUCCCUGUUGAGAACCCUAGAUCUCAGCAGAAAUCGGAUAAGCCGUAUAGACUCGGAUGACUUUAAGUACAACCCGACGUUGCAGCAUCUGUCGAUGGCCGGAAAUGCGAUUUCCGAAAUGGUACCGGGCUCGUUACCGCCGUUGGUGAAGCAUCUUCACGUCGGCCGCAAUCACUUGCAAAGCCUGAAUCGAACAUUACGGGAUCUGAAUCAGUUGGAGUGGUUGCUAAUUAACGCCAACGAGCUGACAUCCUUGGACGGUGAACUACCGUCCUCUGGGCACAACUUGAAGAUGCUCUAUGCCGUGGAUAAUAAAUUGACUCACCUGCCGGCGGAAUUUCGUUAUCUACACCGUUUGGAAACUUUGUUCCUGCAGCACAACAAGAUAAGAAGCCUGGAUGGCACGCUGCAAAAGGCGCGACGAUUGAAAUUUCUCGAACUUUCUUAUAACGACCUGCAGGAGCUGACGGAAGCAGAUUUCGUAGAAGCGGAGAUGUUGGAGGACCUCGAACUCGGACACAAUUCUUUGCAAUCGUUGGGCGGUUCGAACGGUGGAAACGGCGACGGAAGCGGAGGGAACAGCGUCCUUUAUCCUCUAAGAUCUCUGAAAUGCUUGAACCUGACGCACAACGAGCUUCGAGAGUUCUCUUUCGCGUCGCUUCGCGGUUUGCGCGAACUGAGAUUGCUCGAUCUUUCGAAUAACAGAAUCGGUCAGCUUCACAGAGGAAGGACACCGUCCGAGAAUCUAGUGGAAGAGGAAGGUGAGGAAACGGCAGGUGGUAACAUUCAGGAUAUGCGGCUUCAGCACAACGAGCUACGAAGUUUGGACGGUUCGCUGUUUCUCGGAAUGAAAGAAUUGCAGAGGCUGAAUCUCAGUCACAACGCGCUCGGUCCAACGAUUGGACCCCGCGAUUUGCGAGGUCUCGAUGGUCUCAAAGUCCUCGAUCUCUCUCACAAUGAGCUCACCACUCUCGAAGACACGUCGGAGACGUGGCUUCCAUCCCUGGAAGAGUUAAACGCAUCCCACAACCGUCUGGUGACACUGUCCGAAAGGGACUUCCGUGGUUUCCCGGUUCUCUGCUGGGCGGACGUCAGCGCAAAUCGGAUACGUACCCUCAUGCCGGAACUCGUUGCGAACACGCGUUGUACUGUUCACGGAGUGCCGGACGUGCUUCGUAUAUACCUCCAAGAUAAUCCAGUGUUGUGCGAUCCCGGACUCGCGGAUCUGACGGUAGCUCUCGAAGUAAAUCACGCAAAGGUCUACGGAGUGGUGAACAAUUGUCCUACAACCCCCGCGGCGCCUACCGAACAGACGUCGCCUCUUCCGCCGUUACCGCCGACGCUGUUGUUGGCCGCCGCGGCGGCCGCAUCCGGCGGGAACGUUUCCUUCGCCGCGACCCUCGAGUAG